CGACCACCUUCAAACGCGUCCUCCGUCCUCCUUCAAAGCAUUCACAAAUCCACCCUUCCAACCUCUUCCCUUUCCAUAAACACCCCUCUCCCGCCCCGAAAGUUUUGGUUCUGCAUCGCAUUACACACUACACAAAAUACAACUACUACAACUACGAGUUCAAGAUGUCUGUGGUAUCUCUCUUGGGCGUCAACGUCCUGAACAAUCCAGCCAAGUUCGGAGACUCGUACCAAUUCGAGAUCACUUUCGAGUGCUUGGAGCCUCUGCAAAAGGACCUCGAAUGGAAGUUGACUUACGUUGGCUCUGCUACCUCCGAUGAGCACGAUCAAGAGCUCGACUCCCUACUCGUCGGUCCCAUACCUGUUGGAGUCAAUAAGUUCAUCUUCGAAGCGGAUCCACCUGAUACCAAGCGUAUCCCAGAUGCCGAAAUCCUAGGUGUCACUGUUAUUCUUCUUACUUGUGCCUACGACAAUCGAGAGUUCGUCCGAGUUGGCUAUUAUGUCAACAAUGAAUAUGAUUCCGAUGAGCUUAACGCAGACCCACCUUCCAAGCCUAUCCUCGAGAAGGUCAGACGUAAUGUCCUUGCCGAAAAGCCCAGAGUCACUCGAUUUGCCAUCAAAUGGGAUUCCGAGGCAUCAGCUCCAGCAGAAUUCCCUCCAGAGCAGCCUGAGGCAGAUCUUGUAGCUGAUGGAGAUCAAUACGGAGCCGAGGAGGCCGAGGAGGAAGAAGAAGAAGAGGUUGCCGAGGGUGCUGAAGGAGCUGUUGCUGACCCAGACGCUAUGGUUGAUGACUCUGAGAUGGCUGGAGUUGAGGGCGAGAAGGCAGUUGAGGCUGGUGAGGAAUCUGAUGAUGGCAGCGAAGAUUUGGAAGCCGAAAGCUCUGGUAGUGACGAAGAAGAGCUCGAGGAAGAAGAAGUCGAAGGCGAGGCAGAGGAUAUGGAAAUGGAUGGUGUUGAGAAGCCCAAUGGCACGAACGGUGCUGUUGAUCACCACGUCGAUGCGGUCAUGGCACAUUGAUCUGACUAUACCCCAUGGCAUGCAUACUUGUCUAGAUUUUACUGUAUUACUUGCAAGGCGUUCCGAUAGUACUUAGGUUGCACAGCAAUCGCCUGAAAUACAUGAUGAUACAUGCUUCCGAG